AUGCCUCCGACAAGACUCACAAUCCCCCUCACCAUCCUCGUCCCCGCCGAGCCCCUCACCCGCUUCUCCUUCGCCCCCUUCGGCGACGUGAUAGAGAACCCCCACCCGGACGUCCUCCCCGCCGCCUCCCUCCCGCCCGCCGUCUCGGCCUCCUUCUCCGCCGUCCCCGCCAACCAGGGCACCGCCAUCAAGUACCAGCACGUCUCGGCCCCGCUCGACCUCUACGCCCAGGCGCCCAGCGGCGCCGCCAGGCCCGUCGUCAGCCUCUUCUCCUGCGCCGCCCGCGCCCUCGAGCCCGCCCGCCCCGCCGCCGCCGCCCCGCCCAUCUCCACCCUGCUGCCCUACACCACCUACGCCGGCCCCGAGCGCGGCGGCCGCUUCCGCGUCGCCGUCCUCGAGCGCCACCCCUUCACCACCCAGACCUUCGCCCCGCUCGCCGCCUCCGCCGGCGUCCACGCCGCAGCAUACCUCGUCAUCGUCGCCCCGACCCUCGCCGCCACCUUGGGCUCCGAGACCGACGCCCUCCCGGCCCCGGCCACCGGCGGCAAGGGGCCCGGCCUGCCCGACCUCAAGGGCCUCAAGGCCUUCGUCGCCUACCCGGGCCAGGCCGUGACCUACGGCGCCGGCACCUGGCACGCGCCCAUGGUGGCCCUCGGCCCCCAGGGCACCGCCAUCGACUUCGUCGUCACCCAGUUCGCGAGCGGCGUCGCCGUCGAGGACUGCCAGGAGGUCGAACUCGACGCCGCCUCCGAAGGCGCCGGGGUCGUGGUCCAGGUCCCGGAGAGAAUGCCUCCAGCUUCCAAGCUGUGA